AUGUGCAACAUACUCUCGCUUGGGAUGUACAAUGAGAUAACGUUUGAGCAGGAACUGCAGCACAUAACAGAUCAACGCUGCAAAGUGUUCGCCUAUGACAUGAAUAAACAAGAAAAUCGCACACUGGCUCUACUGAAAAGAAUCAAAGUUGGAGUGAGAAUGGCUGAGGUGUCUGCUGAAACGAACGAAUUCAAAAAGCAAUACACUGUAGAAGAUCUGAUGAAAUUUGAAGGGAUCUCUAAUUUUGAGAUUCUCAAAAUCGACAUUGAAGGGAGUGAGUUCCAAGUGAUGCCUCCUCUUCUUCGUAAAUACAAGCCAGCACAGAUUCUUAUCGAAAUUCACGGAACCCCAUCGGAGACGGUUUGGCUGCUUCGCGAUAUCUCCAGCCAAGGCUAUUGGAUGUAUUCCUACGAGAUCAACGGCGCUUGGCAUCAUCUAUGCGAAUACUCAUUUAUUCAUGAAAGUGCUUUCAACCAAUACGGUGUGACCCCAAUCGCAAAAUAUCUCAACUGA